AUGGCCAGCAUCCAAAGGGCCAUUAUAAAAGCUGGUACAGCUUUAACACAGUUAGCUGAAAUAUUGCUAACAACUCCCCCAGGCACAACUGGUCCUGAUUUAGGAAAGCUGUUGACUAUGAAUGCUGAUGCUGUGGCAUUGCUUGGUCACGCCACUAAUCAAUUGUCCAUGCACCGGCGACAAGCUAUUAAACCAUUCUUAAACAAAGAGUAUGCCACACUUUGUUCACCACAGGGCCCGGUUACAGAGUUCCUGUUUGGUGAUGAGCUUCAGUCUCAACUGAACAACAAAAAAGCCUCAAACAAGAUUGGUAACACUAUGGCUUCAGAAUCCCCAAGACCGCCUGCAAAAGGCAAAGAGCCCUGGAAAAAUAAACCCAAGG